AUGGACAAGUUUCUCUCCGCCUCCAUCAAGGACGUUUGCCGGCUCUGCGAGUAUGGCUUUUACGACUACAUCAUCGUCGGCAGCGGCAUGGGCGGCGGCAUCCUCGCCCAGUGCCUGCUCGAGCAGAGCAGCACCGCCAAGGACAACGACAUCGUCUACCACGCCCUCAAGCACCCCGUCAACACCGUCACCCAGGGUUCCUAUCCCUACGUCGGCGGGGAGUUCUUCUGCCUCGGAGGCCGCGGCAACGUCUGGGGCCUCUACACCCCCAAGAUUCACCCCGAGGAUCUGGAAGCCAACUUCCCCAAGGAGAUUUGCUCCUACCUCUUGGAGGAGGGCGGAUACGAGAAAGCGUACCAGAUUCUCGCCAACGACCCCAACGCCUCCAUCGACAGCCCUUACCCUCCAACGGCGCCGUCGCCGGCGAAUUCGUGGUUUGCUACCAAGGACCCCGGCCGCUCUCUCUACCAGUUUUCCAUGGGCGCUUUCAGCCCCGUCAACUGGAUCCUCGACCGCGUCUACAACAGGGAUGAGCGCCUCACCGUCCUCCCCAACACGAGAACGUUAACUGUGAACCGCAAGCCCGAUGAUCCGUCGGUUAUCGUUAGCCUCACGGUGGAUGAUGCCGCGGGAGAGGAGCGCGAGAUUCCCGUCGGGGGCCUCGGAUGUAAGCCCGCCAGCGAGUCCGGCAAACUCAUCGGAAAGGGCCUCAUGGACCACGAUAUCUGGGGCACCAGGUUCGAGGUGCUCCAGGGCCCCCACCUGGCCACCCUCAACAGCCAGCCGCUCAAGCUCAACAGCUGGGUCAAGUUCAACGGCGAGCCCGUCCUUGUCAACAUUGCCGUCAACGCCGACACCUUCCUUGGCCGAGCCCAGUCGGAGAAGCUGCCGACCGUCUACCUCGACGAGAGCCUCGACGAGGUGCCCGAGGCCGAGUUCAACGAAGCCCUCAAGCAGGAAAAUAUCACCAAGAGCGUCGUCCAGGUCGCCUUCUGCAUGGGCGCGCCCCUUGAGGACGCCAACAGGAGCCUCGCUCGCGACAUCGGCGCCGCCCUCGGACGCAAGAGCGGCGAUAGCCACGAGCUGCCCCUUCCCGGAGUCGGAAAGGCGGGCUUCGGCGUGGUGGGCCAUGAAGUUGGAACCAUGCGUCUCGGAGAGGAAGGGCAGGGCGUCGUCGACACCAACCUCAAAGUCAACGGCAUCAGCAAUCUUUACGCCUUUACCGAUUUACGACCACUCGAAUGUCCUAUAACCCGCGAGGAGGAGGCGGAAGAGGCCGUGGUGCGGUGGAGGGGCGGCUCGGGCGCCCGGAUCUUCACCCAGGCCGGAACGCAAUCCGUACCGUCGGCCGAAGUCACCAAGACCGAAGACGCGAUCCUAUCCAAGUCCGUCGGUCUCCAGGCCAGUAAGCUCAGCCUCACCACCGUCGCCCCGGUCCGUCCGGGUUUCGGCACCGGCGGCAAAGCCAUCACGGUAUGGGCCAACUACGUCGAGAUGAUGGCGUCUUCCGACGUGACGCUCUACCGGUACGACAUGAGCGUCUCACCCUCUGCUGUCGGCCGCAAGCUAGGCCAGAUUAUCAGACAGCUCCUACUGUCUUCCGAACUAGCAGAGUUCGACAAGGAUCUAGUGACAGACUUCAAGUCGACGCUUUUAUCGCGACGCAGGCUGGGUGGGAACGAGAUCACGAUCAAGGUGGUAUACCAAAAAGAGACGCAUGACGAACCUAGGGACGACGCCCCGACAUAUAAAGUCCGCCUCCUCGAGACGAGCACCCUCAGCGUCGGCGAGCUCGUCCGACAGCUCAAAUCUGCCGACCCAUCAUCCAUUUACCUCGACAAGAUGCCCACCAUACAGGCACUUAAUAUCCUCCUCAACCACAACGCCAAACAGUCGGCGGACCUCGUCACCGUCGGUUCCAACAAGACCUUCUCCCUCGAUCCGAACACUGCAUCGUACAGUCUCGGUGCCGGGCUCUGGGCGGUGCGGGGCUUCUUCGCCAGCGUCCGGGCUGCCACCGCUCGUGUCCUCGUCAACGUCAACGUCAGCCACGGCGUCUUCUACUCUCACGGGCCACUAGACAGGCUCAUGAGCGAAUACGCAGAGCGCAACAGGAGCCCCGCGGCGCAGGCCUCGUUUAUCAAGAAGCUAAGGGUGACCAUGCUCCACCUUCCGGAGCGGAAGAAUAGGCGCGGCCAGGUCGUCACAAGGGUCAAGACUGUCCUUGGCCUCGCGACACAAAACGAUGGCCAUGGUCUUGAUCACCCUCCCCGUGUCCAGAAGUUCGGCGCCGGUCCGAAAGAAGUCGAGUUCUGGAUGGAUGCCAACCACAAUACCCAGCCUGCGCCUGCCACAUCCAGCACGCCGUCUGGUAGUGGUGGGAAGAAGAAAAAGGGCAAAGGUGGCGGUCAGGCCGCCGAGGGUGCUGCUAAGCCCCCGCAAGCUGCCGGGGCGGGCAAGUACAUUAGCGUGUACGAUUAUUUCAAACAAACCUACAAACGGACGUUGGAUCCCAAUGUACCUAUUGUCAAUGUUGGAACCAGAGAGCGCCCAACCUAUCUACCCGCCGAGGCGUGCAAUGUGCUCCCGGGUCAAAACGCCAACACGAAGCUGAGCCCCGAGCAGACGCAAAAUAUGAUUCGCUUCGCCGUUCGUAAACCCUGCGACAAUGCCGAGUCCAUCACCCGCGACGGCCUCCGGACAGCGGGGCUGACAAGCUCCAAUCCUUUACUUAGCCAGUUUGGUCUUUCAUUCUCCUCCGGGCUGAUCAAGGUCCCCGGGCGCGUACUUCCCGAGCCCAAGGUCUUAUACAAACAAGCCAAGCCCGUGCAGGUCCGGUUCGGCGGCUGGAACAUGACCGAAGUCCAGUUCAACACGGGAGGAAGCCUCAAGAAGUGGUCCUUCAUCGUCAUCACCCACCCGGGGCCCGCAACACGGGCUGCGAGGGCUUUGGAUCUGAUGCUCGUCAUCCUUCCCAGCGCCAAUACCCCGGUGUACUACCGGAUCAAGUCCUUUGGCGAUACGAGGUACGGCCUCCACACUGUCUGCGUGGUAGCCGACAAGCUUGCCAAGGUGCAGGGCCAAGACCAGUAUUUCAACAACGUCGCCCUCAAGUUCAACCUCAAGCUCGGCGGCCAGAACCAGCUAGUGGACCCGACCAGGCUGGGGAUUAUCAACGAGGACAAGACCAUGGUUAUCGGCAUCGACGUCACCCAUCCGUCGCCGGGCUCCAGCACCAUGGCGCCCAGUAUCGCGGGGAUGGUCGCCAGCAUCGACAAGCACGUCUCGCAAUGGCCGGGGAUCCUCCGCGUCCAGUCGACGGCUCGCCAGGAAAUGGUGUCCGACAUGAAAGACAUGCUCAAGUCGCGGCUCAGGCUGUGGAAGGAGAUGGGUCGGCACAAAUCCCUGCCGGAGAAUAUCCUGGUGUAUCGCGACGGAGUAUCAGAGGGACAGUACCAAAAGGUGCUGGAUGAGGAGCUUACUCUCUUCAGGGAUGCCUGCAAGGAGGUCAAGCGGCACCACACGCGAUUCUUCCCCACCAGCGAGGCCGACGCUGAUAGAGGCUCCAAUAACCCUGCCGGUACCGUAGUCGACCGCGGCGUCACCGAGGCUGGGGCCUGGGACUUCUAUUUGCAGUCGGGUGCCUCCCCGUACCGUAAUGUCGCCGAUGUGGUCGAGAGCCUCAGCCAGACGCUCUGCUACACAUACGGCAGGGCGACCAAGGCGGUCAGCAUCUGCGCGCCGGUCUACUAUGCCCAUAUUCUCUGUGAGAGAGCGAGGGUGUAUCUGAAAGAUGUGUAUGAUGCGACCCCUGCGGCGUCGGGGGCCGGGUCAACGGUUGGUGGCGGCGCCGGUGGGGCUGUGGGCAAUACAGAAGUCGAACCACACGAGAAAUUGAAGAACAGCAUGUUUUAUAUUUAG